GUCCCCAUGUGCUGAUUUCUGCAGAGUUGUCUGCUAAACGUUACAGAUCAUAUAUUUUGUGUGAAAAAAGAAAAUAUUUGCAAAUGAACCUACUGCAUUGGUAGCAGACGUUUCAGGAUUUAAACACCCAUUUGCGUCUCUAUCCUCGUGAAUUGUACGGAGAUUUACAUCACCAAGUUGAGCGAUUUGGAACUUUUCAAGUGUUGAAGUGAGCAAAAACACAGACUUCAGCUUUGUCUUUUUCAAGCAUCAUGGUGGUAAUGACAACGUUCCCUCCUCCGACUGAGGGUUUGCAUCAUGUUCAAGAUAAAACGGAGGCUUUCAUCCACGAUAAGUCGUGUGGAGUGGGAACUUUGUAUAUUGCAGCAGAGUAAGUGAAAAGUAAUUUACUUCUAAUGUUGUUAAUUGAGAGUCAAGGGUUUCUCACCACUAACGGGUAUAUUAAACCGCCUUACACUCAUUCCCAGGGGGAGGAGUAGAAAGGAUGCUUGCUAUAUUGCAGGGUCCCCCCUGUUAUACUGGGAAACCUUUUACUAAAUGGUGCACCAGUGGUGCUAUGUGAUGCUGAUUUUAAUUGUGAUGAAGAUAUUAGCAAUGAUGCAUUGACAAUAAUAAUGAUGAUGAUGGUUAGAUGAACACAUCGAGAUUGAAAAUCACCUUCAACAUUUCACCAAAAGCAACAAAAUAGGUCUAUUCAAUAAGAUGUCUAGGAUCCAGACCUGGCUGGGUCAGUGUGCUGUGUUCUUGGGAAAAACACUUUACUCUCGUAGUGCCACUGUGGGUACUGGAAAAUGUCAGGGAAGGUUUGGUGGGGGGUGAGUAGUGAUACCCCUGGCCACUUCAUACCAUCUUUGUACAAACAAUUUUACAUUUGUGGGUUUUGAUCACAUCUUCUUUGCAGUCGAUUGUCAUGGAGUGAUCCAGAAUCUGGAAAGGGCUUCUCAUUGGAGUAUCCAUCAAUAUCCUUGCAUGCAAUAUGCAGGGAUACCUCACAGUUUCCUCAUGAGUGUAUUUACUGCAUGAUGGAUUCACCUUUAGAUGGUAUGUGUCGCCAGACUGAAGAAAAAAAUAUGGCUUCACUUUACUAAUCAUUUCUUAAAUGACUAUUUCCCCCUCAUUUAUGGAACUCAUUUUAUACCUUAACAUUUCUGCAAUGGCCAGUUAGUAUUGUUCAAAAAAGGCCAUAAUGUACUGAAUUCAAAUGCUCUAUUAUGCCGCAAGAAGUGGAUUCCUCCAUCUUUUGAAACCCAGAAGUCCAUUCCCCACUCCACAAAAAGUUUUUAUUGUAAGGCUACCAAUAUAUCCAAUAUAUUGCAAAUUUUCUUUUCAAACAAAUUCUAAAAACUUUUAAACCUGAAAGAUGUCUUUCACACUUUUCCCAGCCAUGUUGGUAAAGAAUUUUUCCCUUUAUGUACAAACUGUUUUGUUUGUGAUGAUUGUUUUGUGAUUUCAACACUCAAAUUGAAAGCUGUAUACUUUUGUCUUUAACCAGCCCUUCAUUCCUUUGAUUACAGUGCACCCUGCAUACAAUUUGGCCUCCAGAAUAACACAUUUGAAAUGUACAUGUAGGUACAUUUUCUUAUAGCAGAGGUUAAUUUGUGUUGUUUUUUUUCAGAUGGUGGAAAUGACAGUGACAGUGACGACAGCGAUGGCAAAGUUGGAGAAGUUAGAUUUGUUCCCGAAGACAAGUCAGCAUGUAAGAUGUCUGUCAUGUUUUGCCUCAACUAGAGAUUAACUUAAUAUUGACAAUAAUUAAUUGAAUGAAGUUGAAGAUGAUCAAUUGUUGUUACAUGCAGAAUUAUUACACCAGGUUUUUAACUUAACCCUUUAACUCCCAAGAUGUGAUUGUCAAUUCUCCCCUCUAGUUUCUACACCAGUAGUUGGCAUUAGACCAAGAUAACAACUUCUACGUGAUAAGUUUGACUAUUCUUAUUACACAUUUGCUGGAUAAUGUAUGGAUAUUAUAGGGAGAAUUUGCUGGUUAACCCUUUAACUCCCAUGAGUGACCAAGACAGAAUUUCUCCUUACAAUAUCAAUACAAUAUCAAUCAGAUUAGUGAGGAGAAUAAAGAAAAAUAGCAAUUUGGGGAUAAGAAGUUGAUCCAAUACUUAAUUCUCUUAACGAAAAUUAUAAGAAUUGUAAGGUUGACAGUAAGGAGAAUUACAAAUUUGAUCUGGGAGUUAAAGGGUUAAGAUAAACAAUAACAACAUUUGUCUGACUCUUUAUUGUUUACUUCAAUUUUUUUUUUAAAUAAUUUAUUGAUUGAAGCUGAUGAUGUUCAAUAGUUGUUACAUAUAAAAUUACUGCACCAGGUUGUUAACUAAAGGCAGACAAUAACAACACAUGUCUGACUCUCUGUUGUUUACGUCAAUUUUUGUUUUUUUUUGUUUUCCCAUAACAAGUGGAUGUCAUGUUCAAGGCUUUAUCUGAGUGUCAGGUUCUCCAUCCAGACCCUGAGAAUGAAGAAGGGGAAGGUACAUUACUAAUCUUUGAUUAAAAUACUAAUUGAUUAGUCCUAGAGUGAUGCAGGUAUGAUGGAGUGCAAGGCUCUCCAUGCUGUGGUCUUGGGUAAGAAACUGUACUCUCUCAGUGCUUCUCUAUCUAGGAGUAUGAAUGGGUGCUGGUGAACUGUCAGGGAAACCUGAUAAAAUGCCAGCAGGUUCACUUAUAAUGGACUAGCCUUGGGUCCAGGGGGAGAAGUAUGAGAGUGCAGUAAUACAUGAAUAUGAUUAUGUAAAAAUCAUAUAUGUGAACUGCAGAUUAAGAAAUGAAUAUAAGAGCAGAAAUAAACUCUACUUAAACAGUAGUGAAAAUAAGGUGUGUAAGGAUGGCUUUCAUUUUCAAAGUGGUAAUACACUGAGUCUGCUGUAUGCUACAGAAACUGUAAAAGUUUAUUUCUGACUGUACCUUACCUUACCUUAUGUUGUAGAGGAUGAAGACUUUUUUUGUGAUGCAGAGGAAGGAGAGCUUUCAGAGGAAGGACAGGUCUCAAUUAUUUCUUUUUUUACUUAUUUUCUUUAACACCAUUGUGUUACAACAAAAGAUGCUUAAAUUUUAAGGGAACCACUCAAGGUUACAAUAAUGAAUAUAAAAAAACUGGAUUUUUAGGUUUUCAUAAUCUUCAGGAAAAAAUUAAAUCAUUGUUUCCUCUAAUCUGUACUCUGAUUUUUUUCCUCUUUUUAAUCAAAGGCAACACUUGAAAGGCUGGAAGGCAUUAUACAGAUGCCAAGUCAGGAAGAGUUUGUUCAAAUGACAUCUACCCAAAAUGGACACUACCUUAAUGGUCAUAGUAAUGUGCAAGGUUAGUGGAGAUGACAGUUAACUCUUUGACCAUAAAGAGUGACUGGCAUCUAAUUUCUUGCUACAAUAUCACCCCUGAAUCAUACAUUUAGGUCAUGAGGAAUAGAGGAAAUGAUUACCAACUAAAGAAGCUCUGGAUUGUUCAACAAAUUCUCCUUGUCAGCACCUUAGGAAAUUUAUAGUGAAUUGUAUGGAGAAUAUGAAAACUGAUGUUAAGGUGACUGGGGGGCUCUUAUUGAAAGCUCUGUGAUAAGCAGGUUGAAAAAUUACUGAUGAUUUGUAUUGAAAAAUAUUUUAAUUUUCCUGUUCCCAGCUGAUGAUGAAAUGCAACCCAAUACAGGAAAUGAUGAGCAGUUUGAAGAUGCAGAGAAAUAA